AGAGUUCACAACGCGAGGUUACCAGUUGCUUCGCAAAACGCAGAAUAAUGCUGGACUCUGGAGGCAGUAGCUCUUGGACUCUGUCCCUUUUGGCAGUGGCCCUUCUUCUGACCACGUCCAUCGCACAGGACGUGGGCUCUACAAAUCGCAUAGCGGCACCGGGUCAGGCCCUUUACUAUCAAAUGGUGGAUGCGGGUCGCUUGGUGGCACCCAAAGAGUCCCUAAAGCGCACCAAUCGAUCGCUCUUGAAGUGGUGGGAUGACCUCUUCCCACGAAAUAAUAAUUGUUGCAACAAUAACAACAAUAACGUGUUGUAUCCACCUGCCGGAGUGCUGCCCAGUCCUGUUGUGAACAACAAUUGCAACAAUGGCCUGCAGCUUCAGGAUCUGGAUCCCUUCAAGCAAAUGAAACUCUUCAAGAAGCUGCCUGAACUCUUUCCGGGCACUAAUUCCUGUGGCGUCCAGUGUGGCGGUGGGUGUGGUCAACCUCAGGCCAACUAUGCGGCACCAUUGACUCCGACCUACGAAGGUGGUGAUGGUUAUGGGGUGGUGCCAGACGGUGGAUAUGCCAAACCCAAUCCUGAAUAUAAUGGCCCCGGGGAUGGCGAUGCGGGCUAUGUGGCCCCCAUUCCGGCUCCCGCUCCAGCUCCAGUCUAUGAUGCUCCUGCGCCGGUAGCUCCUAGUUACGAUCAGCCAGCACCACCUGCAAUAGACACUUAUGCACCUCCUCCGGCUGAGCCUGCACCAUUGCCUCCCGUUUACGAUCCACCAACACCACCUGCCGUUAGCUAUGAACCAGCAGUGCCCAGCAGCUAUGCCCAAACGGAACCCGCCUCCGAUGGUUAUGGCAAGGGUGUCCAGCCAAGUUAUGUUGCUGCCCAGCCACCACAAAUUGUUUACCAACCGAUUAUCUAUCUAUCCGCUUCACCGGCACCCCAGCCAGCCGCCCAUGUCGACAGUCAGAGUUAUGCCAGCCAGGCUCCAUCAGCGGCUCCUGUCUACCAGGCACCGAUCCCACCCACUCCGAGCUGUUAUCAACCCCCGCCGCCGCCACCAGCAUCCCCCAGCUAUUCCACUCCCUCAUGCCAGACGCCCAUUCGCCUGUCCCUGAUCGAUCAGCCUUAUCGAGUGGCCCCGGAACUCUUUGAGGAAUACAACUAUCGCCUGGCCCAGAAUCUCUUGUAGCUUGGGAAUCCCCCAGGUCUCCGUCGAAUUUGUAAAUAAAAAUAAUCGAUUAAU